AUGGCGGCUGAAAAGAAGAUCCAGGUGAUGUCUUAUUACCGUAUGAUAGACUCCAUUGAGUCACGAGCGGAAAAAUUGCUUUUAUUUGUGCGUUCUUUUGAUACCGAGAAGCAAGAAAGUUCACUUCUCGAAGACAAGCUUGAGUCGAUUGACCAGAUGCGUUCUUUAUUGCAUGAAACUGAGGUAAAAUUAUAUGGGGUAAUUAAGGAGGAUGAGGUUGGGUCCCUGCAGAUGACGAUUGAGAAGAUAGAAGAUUUGUUUAAUGACAUCCGUCACCGAGUUCGAAAGAUUAUCCGAGAAAUCAAUCCUCCCAAGCCGAUAAGUGCCCCAGCAGCGGUCAAUUUAACACAACACUCCCAUACAAAAUUGCCAGAUAUUCCCCUUACCCGAUUCAAUGGCCAAUUGGAAGACUGGCUGACAUUCAAGUCCCAAUUUAAUUCUUUGAUUAAGCGUCGUGAAAGUUUGUCAGAAAGUGAGAAGCUAUUUUACCUGAAUGGUUCAGCCCGUCAUGUCCAGUCCUCCGAAGACAAUUUUUCAUCACUCUGGAAGGCAUUAUGUUCAGAGUUUGAGAAUAAGCGAUUGUUGGUAGAUAGGCAUAUUGCUCAGCUGUUUCAUCUGAAACCUUUAGUUCGUGAGUCUGGAUCCGCAUUACGAACUUUACUGAGUGACGUUACUCGUAACAUAAGAGCUUUGGCUAAUCUUGAGCUAAAAUUAGAACCUUUAUCUGAACAGUUCUUGGUUUUUCUGGUAUGCGCGCGAUUGGAUACCCGCACCAGAAAGGAUUUCGAGCUUCAGUUUACUGAUCAUUCCUUGCCAUCUUGGGAGAAACUUCUCGAGUACCUACAGUCUAGAUGUAGAUGCCUAGAGAGCAUAGACCAGGAUAAACAAGAGGUUCAAAGCUCAAGCUUUCGUGGGAGAUUCGGGCAGAAUGAGCGAAGUGGGUCACACUCCUCUAAGGUUUUAGCGAUCAAUACCGGCAGGUCAUAUGGUAACCCUGUUUGUUUUGCAUGUAAGGGGAAUCAUUAUUUGAGCAACUGCGAAGACUAUCUGAAGCUACAAUUACGCGAUCGUAUCUCGAAGGUGCGCAGUCUUGGAUUGUGCAUGAACUGUUUCAGUAACCGACACCAUGUUAGAGACUGCAAGGGGAGCUCCUGCAAGAAAUGUGGAGGCCGUCACCACACUACGUUGCAUGAAAACAAUGCUAACCAGCCAACUCAACCAACACCUACCCCGCGUAGGGCCCCUGAGAUGCCUACAACUUCCUCAAAUGCGCUAGUAGCUUCCGUUGCUUGUACUAAUUCGCAGCCAAAACAGUACAUUCUCUAUACCGCAGUUUGCAUGAUAGAAGACGAGUUUGGAAAUUUGAUCAGUUGUCGUGUUUUGCUCGACAGUGGGUCGAUGCAUAAUUUAAUAUCCACGCGUGUGGUAAACGCGUUGCGCUUGCGAAAGACGAAGGUGAACAUGUCCGUUGAAGGUAUUUCCGGUGCGCCUAAGAUGAUUUCGAGUCAAGUCAGAGUAAAGAUCCAUUCCACCUACAAGUCAGACUUCACCUACAGCACAGAAUGUUUGGUCAUGAGCAAAAUUACAGGAAACUUGCCAAUCAAUUCGUUCAAUAUUGAUCCUGGGCAAAUUCCGUCAGAGAUAGUACUCGCAGAUCCGUGGUUUAGUCAAUCCCGAAGAAUUGAUAUGCUUCUUGGAAUACAAGUGUUCCAUGAAAUGUUUACUGGGCAAACCCAUACCAUAAUUGAAAAUCCUCCUUGUUGGUGCGAAGAAACCGUCUUUGGUUGGGUAGUAGGUGGUGCUAUUGAAAGACCAGAAGUUGAUCGAACGAUCUCUAAUGUCUGUAAGAUCGUUACGAAUGAGGCGUUGAGCGAGCAAAUUAGCAGAUUUUGGGAAGCCGAGUCCAUUCAUGAGUCUCGAAUGUUGACUCACGACGAAAGAGCCGCAGAGCAAAUUUUUUCCGAUACUUGCUGCCGAUUGGAAAAUGGUCGCUAUGAAGUAGGUCUUCCAUUGAGACCCAGUAUAAAGGAAUUAGGUGACAGUCAAACGAUAGCUUUGCGUAGAUUUCUACAGGCAGAAAAACGACUGAUUCACGACCAAGAUCUUUACGACCAGUACCGAGAAUUCAUGCAUGAUUAUGAAACCCAGGGCCAUAUGAUUAAAUGUGACACCAAUUGCUCAGAAGAAUAUUUUCUGCCACACCAUGCGGUGCUUAACUUGGCAAGCACCACGACGAAGACGCGUGUCGUUUUUGAUGCGUCUGCAGCAGCUUCAAGGGGAGGUUCCCUGAAUGAUCACCUGUACGUUGGCCCUACCAUUCAGCCCAAGCUCGCCGAAAUCGUGCUACGAUUUCGGGUGCCCAAGAUUGUAUUUACGGCAGAUAUUACGCAGAUGUUCAGGCAAAUUAGAAUCCGAGCAGAAGAUCAGAAGUACCAACAGAUAUUUUGGCGUCGCCAGCCGAACGAAUCUUUAGAGGUGUUCCACUUAACGACAGUAACGUAUGGGACAGCCUGUGCGCCUUUUCUGGCUACAAGAACGCUUGAACAGCUUUGCAUGGAUGAGAAGGAGCGUUUCCCCUUAGCGUCGAAGGCGGGAACCGAAGAUGUGUACAUGGAUGACAUCUUGAGUGGAGCGGACACGUUAGAAGAUGCCAUGAACCUGCAGACUCAAUUCGUCGAAAUGACCCAGGCCGGUGGGUUUAGUCUCCACAAGUGGGCGUCGAAUCAUCCCGAAUUAUUGAGGCAAAUUGAUAGUACCGAGCACGAAAGAGCGUUUUUCGAAGAUGAGAAAACCACAAGAACUUUGGGUUUAACCUGGCAACCCAGAAAGGACGUAUUUUUGACCAGAUUGCACGAAAUUGAAUUCCACCUGGGACAGACGACAAAAAGAACCAUAUAUUCUGACAUCGCCAAGCUUUACGACCCACUGGGACUGCUGGGUCCGUUGAUUUUCGCUGCGAAAGUACGAAUGCAGAAAAUCUGGCAACUGAACGUAGACUGGGAUGAAAUAUUGGCACGAAACGACGCUGAAAUCUGGGAGGUUUUCCGCAACUAG